CUUUUUUGUUUUUCCCACCCCCUCCUCUUCAACCUCAAUCAAUUCCCUUUGUGUUUCAUCACUCCUUAACCGCCGCCAUGAUUAUCUACGAGGACCUGAUCUCCGGUGACGAGAUUCUCUCCGACACCUUCAAGAUCUCCCCCGCCAAGGACUGCCCCAUCCUGUGGGAGACUGACUGCCGCAAGUACCUCAAGAAGAAGAACGAGGACUUCGAGCUCGCUGGUGCCAACCCCUCUGCUGAGGAGGCUGGUGAUGAAGGUGGUGAUGAUGAGGCCGUCAUGGUCCACGAUAUUGAGGACCAGUUCCGUCUCGUCUGGCUCAAGACCGAGGAGGGCCUCAAGCCUUCCAAGGAUGCCUUCAAGUCUCACCUGAAGAGCUACCUCAAGAAGCUCAACAAGAAGCUCGAGGAGACCGGUGCCAGCGCCGAGUCCAUCGACGAGUUCAAGAAGAACGCUCCCGCCGCCAUGAAGAAGAUCAUUGCCAACUACGACAACUACGAUGUCCUCAUGGGUGCCUCCAUGGACGGUGAUGCCAUGCACGUCCUGAUUGACUUCCGCGAUGACGGUGUUACUCCCUACGCCACCGUCUGGAAGCACGGCUUCAAGGAGGUCAAGGUCUAAACGUCUUAUACCAACGGGCGACCACAAAACGCACUUGACAUGAAGAAAGAGAAACCAACGAAGAAAUGCGAAAUCUCUGCAUCCGAGCUUAAAUCGGUCGCGGGGACCGCUUAUUCCCUUCCGCCGGGGCCUUGUCUGUUCUGGCUUUUACAAAUCGCAUCUUCGUAUCCUAAUUGACCGAUCGAUCUGAUCGUCAAGAGUUACGCCUCAUG